CAUCAUGAGUAAUUGGCUGGGGUUUUCUCUUUCUCCAGACCUUAGAAUCGAUGAAAGCUUUGGCAGAGAUGACCAUGGAGGUUUCCCUUCUGCUAUGCCUUUGCGUUCUGAUGGUUCUCUCUGUGUUGUUGAUCCUUUUCGUCGUUCUUCUGGUGCCGCCAUUGAAGAUUGGAGAUAUGAAAAUGGUGUUGCAGGUGCAAGUGCAAGUGAGCAGGGUCCCAAACUUGAAGAUUUCUUGGGUUGUUGUUACUCAAACUCUCCAUCUCAGGAGAACGAAGACCAAAGCCAAAACACUGUUCUUGGUUCUACGAGAAUCAAUGUUAAUGCAACACCAAAUUACAGCAGUAAUUUGAUCCGAGCUUACCAUGAUGAUUACAACGAAAACCCUCAAACCCUAAUGGCUAGUGGUCACCACAGCCUGCAACAGUGUGACCCAAACCUUAACCACAACAAAAAAAACGGCAUGUACCAUGUCCCGUUUGAUAGUGCAACUUCAGUUUCAGGAUUCAAGUCGUGGUUGAGACAAACUCCAUUUUCUGGUGGGAAAGUUUCAAUUGGAACAAAUAUUCAGACACUCUCCCUUACUAUGAGCCCAAGCUCUCGAAAUGGGCUGCCUGCAAUUGCACCGUUGGAUGUCGUUGAUAACCGGAAACGACAUGUCGGAAAAACCCUCACUAGAGAAUCAAUUCCUCGUAAAUCUAUUGAUACUUUUGGUCAAAGAACUUCUCAAUAUAGAGGUGUUACAAGGCAUAGAUGGACCGGAAGAUAUGAAGCUCAUUUGUGGGAUAAUAGCUCUAGAAAAGAGGGACAAACAAGGAAAGGGAGGCAAGUUUAUCUCGGUGGUUAUGACAAGGAAGAAAAAGCAGCAAGGGCUUAUGACUUAGCUGCUCUCAAGUAUUGGGGUCCAACAACUCAUAUAAAUUUCCCUUUGGGUACUUACGAAAAGGAGCUGGAAGAGAUGAAGAACAUGACCCGUCAAGAAUUUGUUGCUCAUUUGAGAAGGAAAAGCAGUGGUUUUUCAAGGGGAGCUUCAGUGUACAGAGGUGUAACAAGGCACCAUCAGCAUGGAAGGUGGCAAGCUAGAAUUGGAAGGGUUGCCGGAAACAAGGACUUGUACCUCGGAACAUUUAGCACACAAGAAGAAGCGGCCGAAGCUUAUGAUAUUGCUGCGAUCAAGUUUAGGGGAACAAGUGCUGUGACCAAUUUCGACAUAAGCCGGUAUGACGUGAAGAUUUGCUCAAGCUCUACUCUUAUCGGGGGCGACCUUGCAAAACGCUCACCGAAAGACUGUACCCCCAUUGCUCCUGAGGAUUAUAAUUCAUGUUCUUUGUCAUGUCCGCAACCUCUCCUGCGUACACCAAGCAGAGAAGCAUCCGGUGAAUUGGCUGAUAUGGUUUGGAGCGCGAAUUCAGAAUUGCAGCAUCUUCAAAGUACUAACGCAAACAAUGAUGCAUCCUUGGCAACUUCAAGUAGCCGUAAUUCCCCCAACGCUCGGAGCCCAAAAGGCCCCACUGGAUUAGCUAGUGAUCAGUUCGGACUUGGUGAGGGCUACAUCUCAGUACAGGGUUCAAAGUAUGAAGAUGGCAAUAUAGGUUUAGUUCAUAAGACCCCAAUGUUUGCACUUUGGAACGAGUGA